AUGCUCAGAAGCGCGAGGGCCUACCAGGCCGCUAUCAAGAGAUUCCAUACGAAGACUCGCCUUCUCGAUGCCACCGUCGUUUCCGGCACCAAAUUGGCCAAGACCAUCAAACAGCAAAUUGCUCAAAAAGUCGUUGAGUACAACAAGGCCCAGUUUCCUGCUUUGGACUUGCCCUUGUCCAACACGGAGGUUGACUUUGACCAGCUCCGUUAUAAGCCACAGCUCACAAUCAUCCAGGUUGGCGACAGACCAGACUCGUCUGCGUAUGUCAGAUCGAAACUUAAGGCUGCCAAGUCUGCCAACAUCAAAUCGAACUUGGUGAAGUUCGAUGCCGACUUGAGCGAAGAGGCCUUGCUCGAGGAGGUGGACCGCUUGAACAAAGACCCCAAGGUCCAUGGAAUCUUGAUCCAGCUUCCAUUGCCCAAGCAUAUUGACGAGACCUUGGUUACCAACUCUGUCUCCACGGAAAAAGACGUCGAUGGCUUCGACCGCUACAACGCCGGCGAGCUCUCCAAAAGAGGCGGAAACCCCAUGUUCAAGCCCUGCACGCCCAACGGUAUCAUGGAGUUGAUCAAGACCACCGGCAUCCAGUUGCGUGGAAAAAACGCGGUGGUCAUUGGCCGCUCGGAUAUUGUGGGUACGCCUGUUGCCGCCAUGUUGAGGAACGAGGAUUGUACCGUCACUAUAUGCCACCGCCACACCAUGGACUUGCCCUCGAUUCUUCGCAACGCAGACAUUGUCAUUGCUGCGGUGGGAAUCCCGGAGUUUGUGAAAGGUGACUGGGUGAAGGAGGGUGCCGUUGUGGUGGAUGUCGGAAUCAACUACAAGGAGGACCCCACGGCUAAGAACGGCAGAAAGCUUGUUGGUGACGUGGACUAUGACGAUGUUGUCGGCAAGGCCUCGUUCAUCACGCCUGUCCCCGGUGGAGUCGGGCCCAUGACUGUUGCCAUGCUUUGCUCCAACGUCUACGACGCCGCCAUCCAUUCUUACAAGAAGGCGCACGACCACAGGUUCAAGCCAUUGCCUCUCAAGCCCUUGACCCCCGUGCCCCUGGACAUUGCCAUUUCCCGUGCCCAAAAGCCCAAGAAGAUCACCAAGGUUGCACAGGAACUCGGUCUUUUGGAGCGUGAGCUCGAGCCUUAUGGUCACUACAAGGCCAAGGUCGACCCGCAUCUUGUUAUUGAGCGCUUAGACGAGGACCUGGAAGGCUCGAAGGCGGACCGCGGUCACUUCGUUUUGGUUGCUGGUAUCACGCCCACGCCUUUGGGAGAGGGAAAAUCGACCACCACCAUUGGCUUGACACAGGCCCUCGGGGCGCAUUUGGGCUUCAACUCCAUUGCCAAUGUACGUCAGCCAUCCAUGGGGCCCACCUUUGGUGUUAAAGGAGGUGCUGCCGGUGGAGGCUACGCCCAGGUCAUUCCCAUGGACGAGUUCAACAUGCACUUGACUGGUGAUAUCCAUGCCAUUUCUGCCGCCCAAAACUUGUUGUGUGCUGCGGUGGACACGAGAAUGUUCCACGAGCACACGAGUAAGACGGUCAGCGGAUUCUACAAAAGAUUGGUGCCUUCCAAGAAGGGUGUGCGCAAGUUCACGCGCCAAAUGAUUGCCCGCUUGGAAAAGUUGGGGAUCUCGAAGACCAACCCAGAUGAGUUGACGAAGGACGAGAUCGAGAAGUUUGCCAUGCUCAACAUCGACCCAGAGUCCAUCACCAUCAAGCGUGUUGUUGACUGCAACGACCGUUUCGUUCGUGAAAUCACUCUUGGCCAAGGCAAGAACGAGGCCUCGAAAUACCCACCCCGUGUUUCCGGGUUCGACAUCACCGUUGCAUCUGAGAUCAUGGCUAUUUUGGCCUUGUCCACUUCCCUCAAGGACUUGAGAGAGAGAGUCGGCCGCCUCGUUGUUGGCACCCAGAAGGACACAGGCGUUGCUAUCACUGCCGAGGAUGUCGGCUGUGCGGGUGCGAUCACUGCUCUCUUAAAGGACGCCAUCAAGCCAAACAUGAUGCAAACGCUUGAAGGAACACCUGUCUUUGUGCACGCUGGGCCUUUUGCCAACAUCUCGAUCGGCGCGUCGUCGGUGAUCGCCGACCGUUUGGCCUUGAAGUUGACCUCUCCUUCCAACGCUACAAACAACGGAAAGAAGGGUUUCGUGAUCACUGAAGCUGGGUUUGACUUCACCAUGGGAGGUGAGCGUUUCUUCAACAUCAAGUGCCGUGCGUCGGGAAUGUCGCCUGACACUGUUGUGCUCGUGGCCACCUCUCGUGCCUUGAAGCUCCACGGUGGAGCUCCUGACGUCAAGCCUGGGCAGGAAUUGCCUGCGGAAUAUACCACUGAGAACUUGGACUACUUGCGCACAGGCUGUGCCAACAUGGCUAAGCAGAUUGCCAACAUCAAGCAGUACAAUGUUCCUGUGGUUGUUGCCAUCAACGAGUUUGAGACCGACACCAAGAACGAGCUCCGUGUGAUUCAAGAGGAGGCGCUCAAGGCUGGUGCUGAUUUUGCCGUGCCAUCGAAUCACUGGGCCCAGGGAGGAUCUGGAUCGUUGCAGUUGGCCGAGGCGGUCUCCAAGGCCGUCCUUCAAGCCAAGAAUACCGAGCAAACCUUCUUGUACAAUGUUGAAGACUCCGUCGAGGACAAGUUGACUGCUAUUGCUUCCAAGAUGUACGGAGCAGCUAACAUCGACUUGUCUCCCUUGGCCAAGAAGCAAAUCGAAACUUACACUCGCCAGGGAUAUGACAAGUUACCAAUUUGUAUCGCGAAGACGCAGUACUCGUUGUCUCACGAUCCCAGCUUGAAGGGUGUUCCUACCGGGUUCACUGUUCCUAUCAGAGAAGUGAGAUGUAGCGCUGGUGCUGGUUACUUGUAUGCUUUGGCGGCCGAAAUCAUGACGAUUCCCGGCUUGCCUACCCACGCAGGGUACAUGAAUGUUGAGGUGAACGACGAAGGCGAGAUUGAAGGAUUGUUUUAG